AUGGCUCCAGAUCCGCUGCAUUUAGCAACACCCUCGCCACUUCCCCUUUCCUCGCCCCUGCCCUACACCCAUUCCCCUCGCUCCCCUCACUCUCCCCACUCUCCCCACUUCAUGCCUCCUCAACUCACCUGGGAUGACCCUACAUGCUCCUGUUCUUGCUCCUGCUUCCUCCGCCGCCAUGCACCACCUGCUGCCUCGCUGCCCAACCACAAGCAGCAGCAGCAGCAGCAGCAGCAGCAGCAGCAGCAGCAGCAGCACGCGCAAUGCAACCAGCGCCGAGAGCCGCACAUGCUUCCCACCGCUGCAGGUAACACCUGCUCCCUCCCCCUGCCUCUCUACCCGCAUGCCAGUCCGUUCUCUUCCCCGCAUCCACAACAGCACGUUCGGACUCGAAAGCGUGCACACGCUCAGGCAGGGCGGCGGGACGAUCAUGCACGUACGGAUUAUGCAAUAGCGACAGAGGCAGCAGGAACAGAUGCAGAGGGGUCAGGAGCAUUCAAGCGUUUCCGGCUCGCCUCCCUCUCCUCUCCCAAAGUGGCAGCAAGGCUUUACUCUCACAGCAGUAGCGGCAGCAGCAGCGGUGGGGACUCAGCCGACCACACAUCACCCCGUACCUCCCCUCUCUACCAUUUUUCCACCGCUACUGAACCCUCCACCGCCCACGCUUCUCCUGCUGCCGCCUUCCGCCCUCCCUUCGCCACUGCCGCUGCCGGCGCCCCGCUUUCCUGGCCCAGGGCGCAUGGGCGGCCGCUGAGAUCUCUUCCUCUUACUGCUGCUGCUCCUGCGCUGCCCGCACGCCUUGCUGGGGGGAGGGCUCUUGGGGCGUUUGAAUCAGGCGCUUCUCACAGCGUGCAGAGGGGCCUGGGAGGGCACUAUGCGCGGUGGACGUGGGAGGAGGGGGCGAAUGAGAGGGAGCACGAGCGGCGGAAUUACUUCAGAGAGAUGGAGAGGCGUGCGAGGGAGUGGGAGGAGGUGGCUAGGAGAGGGAGGGAGGGAGGGGGUGAGGGGGGGAGGAGAGAGGGUGGAGAAGGGAUGGAGUGGGUGAUGGGUGCGGAGGGACGGCGUGAGGGUGGGCUGGAGGGAAGAGAGGAGAGGGGUGAAGGGGAGGAAGGUGAGAGACAGGAGGGUACAGGCACUGGAGAACCAGCAGCAGCAGCAACAGCUGUCGCAGCAACAGCAGAGGAGGAGGAGGGGGAGGUGGGGGUUGCGGUUGGGGAGCGGGGGACGGAAACGGCAGCACGGCCAGGCGAAGAGGGAAGUGCAGGAGAUGUAGGGCGACCACGGGAGGGCUGGUUACAAGUGGAUACAGGUGCAGGAGAUGUGAGCAGAGAGAGUGUGCCUGGUGUUGGUGGUGUGCCUGGUGGUGUGCCUGGUGGUGUGCGUGGUGAGGGGAGAGAAAUCGAGCCAGUGCUUGGCGGGCAGGAGGAGGGUCGUGCGUCCCCUCCUGACGCCAUCUCCCUCUUGGACGUGCAUAGGGAAGAGAGGGGGGAGGAGGAGGAGGAGGAUGCAGGUAGGCGGGCAGAAGAGGGGGCGGUGGGUGGGCGUGGGGUAGCAGUGAGUGGGGAUGAAGGCACGCAAAUCGGUGGUGGGGAAUGGGCAAGGGGGGAGGAGCAAGGCGGCGGUGGUGGUUCGAGUGGAGAGAAGGGCUUAGCAGGGAGGUUGGCAGCAGCACUGGGACAAGGCAUGGUUGCAGCACGGGGAGGGUGGGGUGAGACGGCUAUGGAGAAUACACAGGAGAGAAGCGGGGAAGCUGGUGAUGGUGGGAGAGAGAGGGGGAAGAGGGCGAGAGACGAGGGACAGAGGGGUGAAGAGGCUGGAAAAGCGCAGACACUGAGAGGUGGGGCGGGUGGUAGAGAGAUGGGCAUGGGUACGCAUGGAAGCAUGCUGCCGGGGGAGAGAGUGGAGAUGGGUAGCGAGGGGGAAAGAGAGCGCGCCAGAAGAAGGGUGCACGGAGCAAAGGGGGUGGCAGCAGCAUUCGACCCCAGAAAGGGGGAAGAGGCAGAGCAAGAGGCGCAGGCAGUGGGUGCAGUGGGUGCAGUGGGUGCAGUGGGUGCAGUGGGUGCAGUGGGUGCAGCGGGUGCAGCGGGUGCAGUGGGUGCAGCGGGUGCAGCGGGUGCAGCGGGUGCAGCGGGUGCUGUGGGUGCAGCGGGUGCAGCGGGUGCAGCGGGUGCAGCGGGUGUAGCGGGUGCAGCAUGUGCAGCGGGUGCAGCGGGUGCUGCUCCCCCGCGCUUCACCAGGAAAGAGGCCGCUGCACUGGCUGAGCAGGGCCAGAGCACAGACGCCCCACCCGUGCCCCGCCCUCCACAGGGACCUCUCUCCGUGGCAUCUCCCGAGGAUCCCAGUGCUACCCAUACCCGUCCAGAGCAAACCGUUGCCCCGUCCCCGUCGUACCCGCCGUGCCUGGUGCCAGCACACACCCUCCACGACCUCAUGGUGAUCCGCGCGCUGCACUCCUCUCUGCUGCGCCUGCCGCGCCACUCCCUGGGCACGGCCCUGGGCAUGCGCACGAGAGAAGGGCAGCUCACGUCCCUCCCUGCGAUCAUCGUGUUUGUGUCGUGUAAGGUGCACCGGCUGUGGGUGCCGGACGGCCAGAUGCUGCCACGUCAGCUUGUGGGGCCCACAGGGGUGGUGUGUGACGUGGACGUGGUUGAGUUUUGCUACACGGAUGCCCCUGCUGCUGCCAUGUAUGCUGCCCAGGCGUCCCCUCCCUCUUCUGCUACCCCUUCUCCUCCUCCUCCUUCCACUGCCGACCCACAUGGGGAGAUAGACAUUUCUGUCAUGGCUGCUGCUCCUGAUGCUCGUACUGGUACUGGUGCUGGUUUUGCAAUUCCAGAUCCCAGCAGAGAGCGCGUGUGGAGCGCAAGGGAGGGCGCAGGAGGGCCAGGCGCGGGGCACAGGAGGGCAGGGCGCAGCAGAAGAGCAGCAGCAGCGGCAGCAGUGGUGGAAGAAAUGAAAGGGGCCGCAGGGGACGUGGGGCCAGGGUCGCAGGUAGCAAGCGAGGGCACGUACGGCACGCUGACAGCGGUAGUGGUGAGCACAAGAGGCGAGCAUGCAGUGGGAGUGCUGACGAACAGACACGUUGCAGUGGACUUCAACCAGCCGCGCCAGGCUCUGCACCACCCGCUGCCGCCUAGUAGGGGCCCGGGCGUGCUGCUGGGGCUGGUGGAGCGGGCGGCUUCGUUUACUUCAGAUAGCGCGUGGUACGGCAUGUUUGCCACGCCUAACACUGGUGAGAGCAUGUGUGGGGGACGGGGGGAAUGUUGGUGA